CUAGGCGGGGACCAAACUGAGGUGACACGAGCAAGGGGAUCCAUCCCGGGAGGGGAUGAAGCCGACGCGACAUGGGCGAGGGAACCGGUGGUCGAGGGGAUCCAGCCGACGUGAGUUGCACUCGAGGGGAUCCUCCUUGCUCUCGCCUCGCAUUCCAGUGGGUUGUGCCGGCGUCGCCACCGCCAUCCCCGCAGGUUCUUUCUUCUCUCCCAACCUCCGGGCAUGUAGCCAAUGGCUUCUAUCGUCCUUGCCGCCGCUGCCGCAGAUUUUCUUCUAUCUUGACGAUAGUGAUGGAGCCCUCCUCUUGUGGUGGCGUGAAGUGACGAACAUAAAGCCCAGUCCUUCUCGAUUCCUCUCCUCUCACGGGCUGAAUCUUUGUGUUCUGCCAACAUGGUUACUGCCGCGGUCGCGCCCGCAUCUCUGCUCCAGUCAGUCACAUUGUGCUAUGAUGCGCACAUCCUCAAGUCCGGGAAGAGACCCUGGUUCAAGAGUUUCUUGGUCAGCUCUUAUAAUUGGGUUCUUAUGGAUGCCACCAAUGCAUGCAAUAUAAAUAAACAUAUUUGAUGAUAUCAUCUUGAACCGAUCAGCCUCCGUAGAUGAAAUCAGUAAACUGGAGCACUCCAAUCUAUCUGUCACUUAGCCCUUGAAACCAGUAUGACUACUAGCCAAAUACACUCAAAUCAUAGAUCUCUAGAAUUUACUGUAGCUAUCUCACAUGGUAUAGUACUAAAAGACAAGGUUUUUCAAUUUUUCACUAAAUACUAUCAGUUUUUAGAACUCAAAUCAUCCUAUUGUUGCAAAGUUGUGAGGUACAUAUCUGAUAGCUUACGGUUGUUCAAAAAACUAAGUCCAUGAUCUAUCCUAAAUGUGAGAUUUCCUUGUGAAUUAGUUGCUAGGAUUAAUUCUUUUGUUCUGUUGCAGCUCACUCUUAACUAAUGGCAAUUCAUGUCCAGAGCCCUUCGCUGUCAACAAACUAGAUGUAGACACUCAGGUGAACGCAGCCGCUCAGCCCCAAAUUGAUAUUUUCUGUAAUGAUUCUUGGUAUGUAUUUAUAUUAGUCAGAACAUCUUAUAUGGGUGUCUUCUCAUGAUAUUUGUACCUUACAAAGAUUCUGUCUUGAUGCUUGAAUUUUACCAGGUUCUUUCCUAUUUUUACCAUUCAAUUAUUACAGUUGUUAUUAUGUGUAUCACAUUUGCUGUAAGGUAUAUAUGUUGUUUUCUGCUGGAGAAAACAAAUUUGCACUCUAUUGAUUGAGUGCAUGGCAGUAAUGAUUUCCCACCGUCAUAUCCCAUUCCUUUAUUCGCUAUUUGUUGGUGAUCUUAUGUGUUGAUUUGCUCUUUCAAUUUUUUCAAGUUAUGUGUAACACAGAUGGAGUGCGCUUUGACAGAUAUAAAAAGGAAACAUCCACGUCUAAUUUGUUCUUGAUAUAUUUUAUAUUGGUUUAUAUCUCGCUGAUCAUACCAUUUUUUAUUUGCGAUAUUAGAAUCUUUGCCUUCUCAAACUUGCAUUUUGUUGGGAUUGCAUUAUGCUCAAUGAGUUUGAUAGAAGUAUACCCAGAGGACGCUAAACAAGGAAACAAAGUACACUUGAUAAAUUUAAUUUGCUUUGUUAUGUAGGGCAAAAAUUCCUCUUAUAACUUUCCUGCUUGUAUUUAUUGCAAUCAGCUUUCAUGUUCACGGAGUCAUACAUGUUUAUUUUUCUGUCGCUUACCUUUCCAGGUUCUGAUUGGUUUACUCCGUGAACAUUAUUGUGUAUGCUGCCAUACCAAGCCAAUUUGUAUCC